AUGGAAAAGUUCCACACAGAAAACAAAGGAAAGCCAGAAAAUAAGGGAAAGGCAGAAGACAAGAUAGAGCGUGAAGAUGAAGCAAAGACAAAAGAGGAAGCAAAACUAGACUUAGAGGGGAAGCUAGUACAUGAUGGGAAGCUGGACGGUGAACGACAGCCAAUUGUAGAGGGACAAGUGGAAGAUGAGGGCAAGCUACAAAUACAGGGUAAGUCCAAGAAUGAGACAUCAGGUGAAGGCACAUCAAAAUCCCAAGUACAGCCAAGUUGUGUGUGGCAGCCCACUGGAAAGCACCAUGCAGAAGAUUAUGUGCCCAGGAAAGCAAAAAGAAAAAUGGAUAGGGGCACUGAAGAUUUCUCCAAGAAGAAUUUACAGGACAGAUAUUUGAGUAGUGAGGAAAUAAUGACACAGUGUACUAUAGAUGUUUCAAGGGCUCAAGAAGAACUAAGGGCAAAACAGAAGAUGCAAAGAGAGCUGCUGGAUGUGUACCCUCAAGGAGCCCAAGGAGCAUCAGGGCAGUGAGGGGCAAGA